AUGGACGCGGUGGAAGAAAAGGGAAGGGAAAAGGAUGAAAUUUUAAAAGGAAAUGAAAACGAAAGUGAGGAUGAUCAAGUGGAAGUAAAAGAGAUUUACAAUAAAAGUAAAUUUAUAAAUGGUAAAGGAGGGAGGCUGGUUCGAAUAUUGUCUGAAUUUGUGGGAGUCCAAGAGGCAUUACGAGAUGAAGGAAUAUUUUUUACGGUUGUAGUUUUUGGUUCAUCAAGAGCAUUAAGUAAUGAACAAUACGAAUCACGAAAAAGAAAACAUGAAAAGAAACUAACCCAAUUUAAUGAUAAAAUAAAAAAUAAUGUAACAUUAACAAGUGCAGAAGUGGCAGAGCAUGAAAGAAUAAAAAAAGAGUUAGAAAAAUUACAUAAAUUAAAAUGGACUACAUCAUAUUACACAAAAAUAUAUGAACUUUCAAAAAUGUUAACUUUAUUUUUUGCUACCGAUGAAGGGCAAAAAGCAGUGAAUAAUAUAUCGACCCAUUUGCCAAAAGUUCAUAAUUUUUUACCAAAUAAAAAAGGAGAAAAAAAUCCAAACAAUUUUACUGUUGCUAUAUGUACAGGUGGUGGUCCAGGUUUUAUGGAAGCAGCAAAUAAAGGAAGUAGAGAAGAAAAUGGGAAAUCCUUAGGUUUUAUGAUUUCUUUACCAUUUGAAAAAGGUGCAAAUAAAUAUGUAGAUGAAAAUUUAUCUUUUAAAUUUCAUUAUUUUUUUACAAGAAAAUUUUGGUUAGUCUAUUUAUCUUUAGCUUUUAUUAUUUUACCUGGAGGUUUUGGAACAUUAGAUGAAUUAUUGGAAAUUCUCACAUUAAAACAGUGUAAAAAAUUUAAAAGAGAUGUUCCCAUAGUUUUAUUUGGAAAAGAUUUCUGGACAACUAUUGUCAAUUUUAAAAAGCUAGCUGACUAUGGACUUAUAUCACAACAGGAUCUAGAUUCCAUUUUUCUCACAGAUUCUGUGGAUGAGGCAUAUACAUACGUUAUCAAUCAUUUAAAAAAUACCUCCUGUUUAUCGGACAAGGCCUUAUGA